AUGACUACCUUGCUUGUAAAAGCAACUGAACAACAUGAAACAAGUAGUUUAAAAGAAGCUGAAGUUCGAGCUGAUACACUAAACCGUCGAGAUUUGGAAGAUAAACGGUUCAAUGAAUUAAAGGGAGAAGUCGCAAUUACGGGGAAUCAAAUUAGGAUUACAGAUUGUUAUUCCUAUGGGAUACCUAAAAAGCUCAAUGAGAUACUUAGUCAUUCUGAGAAGAUAAGAGACAUGCUUGUGGAAAUUAAACAAGCUCACGCUAAAAUAGUAAAACCGACUUUAGAAAAGCUUUUGCCGAUUAAAAGCUACAAAGAUUUAAAAACAUUUGAAAUAAAGUUUCUACAAGAAGAUUGGAUAUCUCCAGCAAUUAAAGAACUCAUCGGAAUUUUAACUGAUGGCGAAAAAAUUCAUGAAAGUGUUUUUAGAAUCCUUGAAACUAUUUUUUCUCGUGAGUUAGCAGCUCAGUUUACUUGGGACGGAAAUAAUGGACUGAAAAUCAAAGGUUUAUUAGUAAUUAAGAAAAUAGAAGUAACUUUGAGAGACAUUGCUCCUGAGUAUGAUGGAUUUCAACAAGAUGUUAUUACUUGGUUUAGAAAGAACAGAAACUCAACUCUGUUACCUGAUUAA